CCAGGGGCUGGGGGGCUCCAGAACCUUCUGGCUGAUGAGUGACCAGGGGCUGGGGGGUUCCAGAACCUUCUGGCUGAUGAGUGACCAGGGGCUGGGGGGCUCCAGACCUUCUGGCUGGCAGGUGACGCAGCGCAGGGCCAUGCACGGCCACUCCUCCCCUGACUCAUACCCGCCAUUCCCGAGGCGCUGGCCCGGCCCCAGCUCCCUCCCCACAAGGCCAGCGUGUCCCCGGGAUUGUUUUACGGGCAGGCAGGAAGAGCCCGGGAGCAGCUCCAAGGGCCAUCCAUCACUCCCAACCAGCCAAGCCUCUCGCGAUGAAAGGCGGACGGACACUUCCUUGGCAGGGGGGACCCCGGAGGCUGCCAGCCCCCUCCCCGCGCCGCCCACACACUGCGGCUGCGUGUGGCCGCCCCAAACCCCGGCAAAGUUUCUCGUCCCUUCCCCGGGGCUGCUGCGAUUUCCAUUAAUAGCCCAGCUGAGCCCUGCCCGGCUAAAAAUAACCCCGGCCCUCUUCAUAAGGCACCGCCGGCCGCCCCCCGGGGCAGCACCGCACACCAUGGCCGAGCGCCGCGUCCCCUUCACCUUCUGCGCAGCCCCAGCUGGGGAUCCCUUCCGCGACUGGUACCAUGGCAGCCGCCUCUUCGACCAGUCCUUCGGAUGCCCCAUCCCCGAGGAUUGGUACAAGUGGCCGAGCGGCAGCGCCUGGCCGGGAUAUUUCCGCCUGCUGGCCACCGGGAGAGCGCGCUGAUGCCGGCCCCGGGCUCGCCCUUCGGGACGGCACUGACCCCGCCAGCUCAGCAGCGGCAUCUCCGAGAUCCGCCAGACUGCCGACAGCUGGAAGGUCACCUUGGACGUCAACCACUUUGCACCUGAGGAGCUGGUGGUCAAGACCAAGGAUAACAUCGUGGAGAUAACCGGCAAACACGAGGAGAAGCAGGAUGAACACGGCUUCAUCUCCAGGUGCUUCACCCGAAAUACACGUAACCUCCCCCCCGGUGUCGAAGCCACAGCCGUGCGAUCCUCGCUGUCCCCCGAUGGAAUGCUCACGGUGGAGGCCCCCCUGCCCAAACCCGCCAUCCAGUCCGCGGAAAUCACCAUCCCCGUCACUGUCGAGAGCCAAGCCAAGGAACCAGCCAAGAAGUAG